ACAGCAAUAGUGAUUAGAGCUCCAUUUAUUUUUUGAGAAAUUUUGAUACUUGGAGUACUUGAUACAGCCAUGGGAGUCAUUAAGCUACCCAGUGGGGUAUCUUCUGGAAUUACUGCAAAACAAUUUGCUAAUAGAAAAGUUAAGAAAGCAUUUUCUGUUAAGACACUGCAAUGGAAUGAUUAUCAUUAUCAUCAACAUGGAGUGAACAACCUUAGGAAUGGAUUGAGAUUUGGAAGUGUAAAAACAUUUGGAGCACUAAGCUCUUCUGGUUUGGAGGGUGAGUUUGCUUCAACCAGAGAGAGACUCACCAGUGGAUCAAAUGAAGCAUCUAUGUAACUCUGUCGAAGAAGUACCGUCAGCUCGGAGUGUCCAAAAUGAGCUCAUAGUGCUUUCUUUACCAGCUAUUGCUGGGCAGGCUAUUGAACCUUUAGCACAGCUUAUGGAGACUGCUUAUAUUGGAAGGAUGGGUGUAUUGGAGCUGGCUUCUGCCGGGAUUUCAAUAUCAAUAUUCAACAUCAUAUCAAAGGUGUUUAACAUUCCUCUUCUCAGUGUGGCAACUUCUUUUGUUGCUGAAGACAUCUCGAAGUCUACUACAGCUGACAAGAAACAUCUUCCUUCAGUCACCACUGCCUUAGUGUUAUCUGCUGGAAUUGGCUUAUUGGAGGCUGCAGCAAUGUAUCUUAGCUCUGGACUUUUUGUGAGCCUAAUGGGUAUUCCAACAACUUCGCCGAUGCACAUUCCAGCAGAGAAUUUCCUUAAACUUAGAGCACUUGGUGCUCCACCAGUUGUACUAUAUCUUGCCAUCCAAGGCAUUUUCCGGGGGUUUAAGGACACAAGGACCCCUGUAUUAUGUUUAGGGUCAGGAAACCUUGCAGCUGUAUUUUUCUUUCCCAUCUUUAUGUAUAUUUGUCGACUUGGCAUAGCCGGUGCAGCUAUUUCAACGGUUGCUUCGCAAUAUAUUGUAGCCAUUUUAAUGCUAUGGCAUCUUAGUAAGAAGACAUCUUUAUUGCUACCAAACAUGAAGAAUUUGCAAUUUGGUGGCUACUUAAAAUCUGGUGGUUUCCUGCUUGGGAGAACGCUGGCUGCUGUUUUGACAGUGACUUUGAGCACUUCAAUGGCAGCUCGUCUCGGAGCAAUUCCCAUGGCUGCUCAUCAGAUAUGUUUGCAGGUCUGGUUGUCUGCUUCUCUUCUCGCAGACGCUCAAGCUGCUUCUGGUCAGGCUCUCAUUGCAAGUGCAUUCGCCAAACAGGACCUUAACAGAGUCAGAGUGAUCACACUUGUAGCUCUGAAGACAGGAUUAUGUACAGGGAUUUUGUUAGCCGUGGUACUGGGGCUGUCUUUCCCCUCUCUUGCAAAGCUGUUCACCAAUGAUGCCCAAGUGAUAGAUAUUGCAAGAUCUGGACUCCUGUUUGUGAGUGCCAGUCAGCCAAUCAAUGCUCUUGCUUAUAUCUUUGAUGGUCUUCACUAUGGUGUUUCUGAUUUCCCAUAUGCAGCUUCCUCCAUGAUGAUAGUUGGGGCUAUGUCAUCAGCAUUUCUGCUCUAUGCGCCUUCGAUCAUCGGUCUUCCUGCGGUUUGGUCCGGACUGACUCUUUUCAUGGGUUUGCGCACUAUCGCUGGAUUUUAUAGGUUAUCGGCAAAAGAUGGGCCGUGGUGGUUCCUACAAGAUACACGCAAGGACAAGGUACAUUAAAUAAAAAUAAAUUGGUCGAAAAUAUUCAGAUGUUAAAAAUUGGUCGCAGAUAUUCGUGAAAAAAUGGGGGAUCUUUGCACAAUAAACAUUUCCAUGGAGAUCUAUGUCAAAAGUAUAUAUUUGCACUUCAAAGUGUUUAAACUACUUGUAUGUUUCUCUUAAUCUGUUUCACGGACAAUUAUUUUCUGUAAGUCUUACUCUUUACACGGGCGACAAUGGGUUGUCUAGCUACAAUGUAAGUGAAGCUGUUGGGAUCUCGAUCUCGGUGUGACAUGCCCAUACGUGUUAAGCCAUGGUCAAGGUGUAGUUGUCGUAUGGUAAAAAUUGUAGCCAUCCAUAAUGAGCAACCGUAGCCGCUAUGAAAUAUUUCAUGCAACUAAAUAGACUCCUAAUUA